UGGUUCUGCAAUUGCGUGCAUGUACGCGGGACAGUUGUCCAGAAACACCAAGCGUCGAACCUUUCUGGCCUGUUGGAGGAAAGCCGCUACGCCAGCACUGCCCGACGAUAAUCGAGACUUUACGCGGACGAAAAGCCGCCCACGACGCACACCACAACGCGCACGAUGAAGUUAUUACUCUGGACCUACGGGCUGGUUGCCCUGUUCGCCUCUCAGGCCGCCGCCACGGCCCUAACCUUCAAGCUCCCCGCGAGCGAUGAGUCGUGCUUCUACACCACUGGCAGGACACAGAAUGAGAAGAUCGCGUUUUACUUUGCGGUGCAAUCUGGCGGAAACUUCGAUGUCGACUACGAGGUGACAGGCCCCACGGGUAAGGUCGUGCUGGACGGCGAAGCGGAGCGGCAGGGCGACUUCGUCUUCACCGUCAACGAGCUGGGAGACUACAAGUUCUGCUUCCACAACACCAUGGCCUCGCACUCUGACAAGGUGGUGGACUUUGAGAUUGCGGUCGAGAACGAGGCACGCGUGACCCUCCCUUCCAAGAAGGGAACAUCUCCAGAGCAGACGUCGACGCUGGAGGAGUCGGCCUUCAAGAUCUCGGGCCAGCUGUCGUCCAUCAGCAGGCACCAGAAAUACUUCCGCACGCGCGAGAAUCGAAAUUUCGCCACCGUCAGGAGCACCGAGAAGCGCAUCAUCAACUUCAGUCUGAUCCAGUGCGCUUUGAUUGUGCUCAUGGGUGCUCUCCAGGUGUUUAUUGUCAAAUUCUUCUUCCAGGGCGCAAGGAAAGGAUACGUAUGAGUAAUAGUGUUACGAUCUGGCGCUCGGCUAUGUGGCCUUGCUGGGUACCUACCUAUUUCCGUGCAGUCUACUUAUCGCAAUUUUAACACACGGGAGGAUCCAUGUUGGCACCAUCGCAGGCGGGUAUUGUGUUGUAUUAGGCUCCGAGUAAAACCAUUUGCUCUUUUCUUCACGGGCGGAAAAUUACCAAGUAGAGGCCAACGGUACGACUACCAACGACAAUGUUGGGGGCCGAGCGACCAAGCCCGAUAUGAAGGUUUAUUUUGUGUGCUGAAGUUACGGUAUACAAACUCUUCCAAUGUCGUAAAAGUUCAAUGAAAAGCCGUCUUCUCGCACAGUAUCUUGGGGGGAUGAAGCAGGCCGCUGCC